AUGGCAACCCCAUCGCCUCCGGUGCAGGACAGUAAUCUUCGAGGAAUGACUGUGUCCUCGAUCUCCUUGGUGACCUUUGCUAUCGGUGCAAAUCUUGUCUUCCUUCGCAUGUACGUUCGCAUGAAACGCCGUAUCACCGGCUGGGAUGACUAUACCAUCUGCGUUGCUUUGGUGAUUCUUCCCUCUGAUUCACACAAUAUGAAGCUCAGUAUUGCUCACUGGACCCAGACCCUAUCUCUUUUAGGCACGGUCGCCAACGUUUACCAAGUUGCCAAUGGCGCUGGCCGGCAUAUCGAUACCUUGACGCCCGUACAACUGUCUGAGUUCAUCAAGUGGACCUUUGUUCAAGGAAUUGAGUUUGUGAUCGGCACUUGCUUUGUCAAGAUCUCCGUGUGUAUCUCUAUUCUACGCUUCAUCACCAAAACUCGACAUCUUGUGCGCUACUUCAUCUAUGUCAUUAUGGGGUUUCUGAUCAUCUCAACCCUCGGUCUGGUCAUUGCCUUGCUGGCACAGUGCAGACCGUUAAGGGCACUUUACGACCUCGACCUCAAGGGAAAAUGCUAUUCGGAAAACGUCUCGACCUCUAUCGCAUACGUGCAGGCCGCUAUCAAUAUAUUCACGGACUUUACAUCGUUAAAGAUAGGACUUUCAGUAGUCAUGGGACUCGGGGUCGUUACUGCAUCUUUCUCGAUCCUCCGCAUUGCCUUUUUGCAUACGAAUUCGUCCGCGGAUGUCACUCACGCAGACGCAGUCAACAUGGUGUUCGCCGUGCUCGAACAGAAUCUCGGAAUCAUCGCUGCCUCGAUUGCUACCGUACGACCGUUGUUUGCGAAUCUAGGACCAAUUGUCCAAGUUUCUUCAGAGACGGUCCGGGGGCCAUAUGCCUCCGAUCGGCCCUUUUUGGGGUACUCGAACGUUCCAGGGGCUGGUGGGAUGCCAAAAAGCAUCGCACUGAGCCCUAUGCGUAUUACCCAAGCGACAAACGUUGAUCUUCUGAGAAAGUGUGAAGGACCAUGA